UUACAAUUAAAUUGGUGCAUCAGGCUUAGGUUCUGCUAUAUCAAAUUGCAUUAAUCUCUCAAAUUUGACAUUUUACCUUUAUAACAAUUAAAUUGGUCAUGAAGGUGCAUCAGGCUUAGGUUCUUCUUUUGCAAAUUGCAUUAAUCUCUCAAAUUUGACACUUGACCUUAA